GAGUUGGUGCUAAGUUUUUUAGUAGGAGUUUCUAUUUAACAUAUCGAGAUACAUUUGAAGAUCUUUGAUGAAAAUGCAGCAAUUGUAAGAAUAAAUUAGGUUUAUUGAAUAUCUAUAUUGUUUACUUUAUUGUUACAUACUUAAAAUAUUGACAUUAUAUAGGUAUGUUUAUGGUAAUAUAUCAUAUAUUACUGAUAAAUACGAACAGUCGAAAACACAAUUUCGCUGUUUUUACUAAGACUCAUUUGUAAGCCGAAGUUAUCUAUUAGUUUUUAAAUUAUAAUUAAUAACAUAGUUAAAUCUAAAAGGUUUGCUUAAAGUUUUUGGAACAAAAAAAGUUCUUUAAUUGAAUUACAACUUUUUCGCGGUAAGAGAAUAAUCUGGUUACGAACCGCCUCUUAGAGUGGUAUCAUUUCCGCUUAUUCAAUAUUUGAUAUUGAGGCGAUUCUAGUUCAAUAAAACAUCCUUUAAUCGUCAUUUGAACAUUCUAGGAAAUCGAAUUUAUAAAAAUGAGUACUCCCGCUCCCCCACCAGGAAAAGCAAAUUCCUCCAGUGAUGUUGCGACGAAGUAUUUUGACGAAGCAUACAGAAUGUGUGUCCACUAUUUGGAAACUCUUCAUGCAGAGGAUGAACACAUGAAAAUAGUUUUAAAGAGGUUUAGAGAAUGCAACGAUUAUAAUGUGCCAGGCGGGAAAAAAACGAGAGGCUUAACUGCCGUUCGAUCUAUGGCCUCGUUUAAGGAAGUCCCUCCCAAUGAUAUUGAAUAUAGAAUAGCUGGGGUUGUUGGAUGGUGUUUGGAAUGGCUUCAAGCCUCUUUUUUGGUACACGACGAUAUUAUGGACAAUUCAGUUACUCGACGCGGAAAAACUUGCUGGUACAAACAGGAGGAUGUAGGCUUGGUAGCUGUUAAUGAUGGCUUAUAUCUGCAAUCAGCAGUAUAUACCAUUUUGAGACAAUUUUGCCGUGGUCAAACAUGGUUUCGUGAUGUUAUCGACUUGUUUCUGGAGAUUCAGUCAAACACAAUUCAUGGACAAGCAUUAGAUCUGGAAUCGUCUUGCCCAAAGGAACCAAUGGAAGUCCGCCUAUCUCUUGGAAGAUAUAAAACUAUUGCAAAAUAUAAAACAUCAUACUACUCGUUUGUCCUUCCAGUGAGGUGUGGGCUAUACAUGGCUGGUAUCAGUUCAGACGAAAUACACGAUCUAGCAACUAAGAUUCUUUUGGAAAUGGGACAUAUUUUCCAAGUCCAAGACGACUUUUUAGAUUGCUUCGGUGAUCCGACAGUGACCGGUAAAGUAGGAACGGAUAUUGAAGACAACAAAUGUACUUGGCUAGUGGCUAAAGUUUUACAAAUAGAUAAUGAAAAUAUACUACAAAUUCUGAAAGAAAAUUACGGAAAAUCGGGUCAAGAAAAUGUAGCUAGAGUUAAGCAAUUGUAUAACGAUCUAAGCAUGGUGUCUGUUUAUAAGACUUAUGAAGAAGAAGCGUUUGAUGAGUUAGAAAGGAUAAUUAAGCAACAGAAUAUUUUGAAGAAGGAACCGUUUUUGAAUCUCUUAAAAUUAAUUUACAAAAGAGAGCGAUGA